GACUCUUCUGCAGAUGGCGACGAAUCUUCUGACUCUCUGGAUUCUCAAUCUGAAUCUGAAUUAGAAGAUGGUUCCCCUGAAAGUGGUGUCUCCGGGGAUUUAGAAGCUGCAGAAGAAUCUUCUCUAGGCGAGGAUAUUGCCAAUGGUGAGGACAGUGGAAGUGAGAGCUCUGACCUCCAUCAGGAAGGAGCUGAGAGUGACUCCUCCGAGGAUGAGGUGGCUCCUCGAAACACCAUCGGAGAUGUACCUUUGAAAUGGUAUGAAGAUGAACCUCAUAUUGGAUACGACAUCAAGGGCAAGAAGAUUAAGAAAAAGGAAAAACAAGACAAGUUGGAUUCAUUUCUUGCAAAUGUCGACGAUUCUAAGAAUUGGCGGAAGAUCUAUGAUGAGUACAAUGAUGAGGUUGUUGAGCUGACAAAAGAUGAAAUCAAACUUGUCCGUAGACUGCUCAAGAAUCAGGCACCACAUUCAGACUUUGAUCCAUAUCCGGAUUAUGUUGACUGGUAUAAAUGGGAAGAUUCCAAGCAUCCAUUGUCUAAUGCACCUGAACCAAAAAGAAGGUUUAUUCCUUCAAAGUGGGAAGCUAAAAAGGUUGUACAGUAUGUUAGAGCAAUUCGCAAGGGGACAAUUACUUUUGACAAGCCAAAAGAAGAAGAUGGUCCAUAUCUCUUGUGGGGAGAUGAUUCUGGUUCAACAGAAAAAGCAAAUCAUUUGGCUUACAUUCCUGCACCAAAGCAGAAAUUACCUGGCCAUGAUGAGUCAUAUAAUCCUCCUCUGGAAUACAUUCCAACCCAAGAAGAGAUAAAUUCUUAUCAGUUGAUGUUUGAGGAAGACCGACCAAAGUUUAUUCCAAAAAAGUUUACAUCUAUGAGAAGCAUCCCUGCAUAUGAGAAUGCUAUGAAGGACUCCUUUGAACGUUGUUUGGAUCUGUACUUGUGCCCCCGAGUUCGGAAAAAGCGCCUUGAUAUUGAUCCUGAAUCUUUGAAGCCAAAGCUUCCUAGUCGAAAGGAGCUUAAGCCUUAUCCCAUAACAUGCUAUAUUGAGUAUAAAGGCCAUGAAGAUGCUGUUACAUCAAUCUCAGUUGAAGCUUCAGGACAAUGGAUGGCUUCGGGUUCAAGUGAUGGAACUGUCCGUGUCUGGGAGGUUGAAACUGGCAGAUGUCUUAAGCGGUGGGAGGUUGGUGAAACUGUUAGCUGUGUUUCCUGGAAUCCUCUGCCCAAUGUGCAUAUUUUAGCUGUUUCUGCGGGACAGGAUGUACUUCUACUGAACACCAAUUUGGGGGAUGAAGAAGUGCAGAACCGGAUUAAGGAGCUUCUCCACAUUGACUCACUUACAGCAUCAGACGACUCUGGUGAUAAAACGCCUAGUGUAAGCUGGCUUAAAGAUGACAAACAUGUGGGUUUAAGGUUAAGGCACUUCAAGACUGUUACUGCUGUUGAAUGGCACCGGAAAGGUGACUACUUUUCCACAGUGAUGCCAACAGAUAUCCUUUUUGAAGCAGUUUUGAUACACCAGUUAUCCAAGAAGCUUACACAAAGACUUCCUUUCAAGUUACAUGGACUUGCUGUUAGGUCAACCUUCCAUCCAUCCCGUUCCAUCUUCUUUGUUUGUACAAAAAAGACUGUCCGUGUGUAUGAUUUGUUAAAGACUAAGCUCAUAAAAAAGCUUGAUACUGGGCUUCGAGAAGCCUCAUCUAUUGCAGUUCAUCCUGGAGGUGAUAAUUUAAUUGUGGGUAGCAAAGAGGGGAAGAUGUGUUGGUUUGAUAUGGACCUUUCGUCUAAACCAUAUAAAAUUCUCAAGUGUCACCCAAAAGACAUCAACAAUGUCAUCUUUCAUCGCUCGUAUCCCUUGUUUGCUUCAUGUUCAGAUGACUGCACUGCAUAUGUUUUUCAUGGAAUGGUUUACUCUGAUCUCAAUCAAAAUCCCCUUAUUGUUCCUUUGGAAAUUCUUCGAGGCCAUGCCAGCUCAAAUGGGAGAGGGAUACUGGACUGUAAAUUUCACCCUAGACAGCCAUGGCUAUUUACAGCUGGUGCUGAUAAACUGAUCAAACUUUACUGUCAUUAA